AAUGGCCGCGCGCAGGCGCGUUCAGCGUCGCGAGGGAGGAAGGAGGAGCCAAGGAAAGGGUCGGGGGCGGGAGCGUGGGCCCCGAGGGGGCGUUUCAUUUAUUUGUGGAGUGGGCGGCUCUCACCCGGACUGAGAAAGGCGGGAAAUGGCGGAGGCGCGCGCGGGAUCCCGCCCAGCCCUCGGCCGAAGAGGGUCGACGGCUGUGGACUGGGGGCGCAGUAGGAUGUUAGGAGUCUGGGGAAUGGAGCAGAAACACCAGGAAGCUCUGAAGAAGAACCGGGUCGUGCUGGCCAAGCAGCUGUUGCUUAGUGAACUCUUAGAGCACCUCUUGGAAAAGGAUAUCAUCACCCUAGAGAUGAGGGAGCUCAUCCAGGCCAAAGUAGGCAGUUUUAGCCAGAAUGUGGAAUUCCUUAACUUGCUGCCCAAGAGGGGUCCCCACGCUUUUGGAGCCUUCUGUGAUGCCUUACGGGAAACUAAGCAAGGGCACCUGGAGGACCUAUUGCACAGAACCCUUUGCAGCUUUCAGGAUCUACUGCCGCCGUUGGCUUGUGAUGAUGACUCAAGUCUUCCUCUCCCAGUGUGUGAAUCCUGUUCCCCUCAUAAGCAGCUCCGCCUGUCUAUAGAGACCAUGGAGCAUUCUCUGGACAAUGGAGAUGGACCCCCCAGCCUCCAGGUGAAACCCUGUACCCCAGAGUUUUACCGAACACACCACCAUUUGGCCUACAGAUUGCAGUCUCGACCUCGUGGCCUAGCGCUGGUGCUGAGCAAUGUGCAUUUCAAUGGGGAGAAAGACUUGGAGUUCCGAUCUGGCGGGGAUGUGGACCACAGUUCCCUGGUAACCCUCUUCAAGCUCUUGGACUAUGAUGUUCAUGUCCUGCAUGACCAGACUGCACAGGAGAUGCAUGAGAAGCUGCAGAGGUUUGCACAGCUAUCAGCUCACCAAAGCACAGAUUCCUGCAUGGUUGCACUCCUUUCUCAUGGCAUAGAAGGUGGCAUCUAUGGUGUAGAUGGCAAGCUGCUCCAGCUCCAAGAGGUUUUUCAGCUCUUUGACAAUGCCAACUGCCCAAACCUGCAGAACAAGCCCAAGAUGUUUUUUAUCCAGGCCUGUCGUGGAGAUGAGACAGACCGAGGGGUAGACCUUCGAGAUGGGAAAGAGCAAGUGGCCUCUCCAGAGUGUGAGGAAAGUGAUGCUGGCAAAGAGAAGAUAUUGAAAAUGCGACUGCCCACACGCUCUGACAUGAUCUGUGGCUAUGCAUGCCUCAGAGGCACGGCUGCCAUGCGCAAUACCAAGCGGGGAUCCUGGUACAUUGAGGCCCUGACUCAAGUGUUCUCUGAAAGGGCUCGAGAUAUGCAUGUGGCCGACAUGUUGGUUAAGGUUAAUGCACUUAUCAAGGAUCGAGAAGGCUAUGCCCCUGGUACAGAGUUUCACCGAUGUAAGGAGAUGUCUGAGUACUCCAGCACUCUCUGCCGACACCUCUACUUAUUUCCAGGACAUCCUCCUACACGAUGAACACCCAUCUUCUCAUCUAACCCAGAGUGAGACCACAGGAGGCAUGAUUGAACUAUCCCUCUUCAGAAUGGACCAUUUAUUCCUCCCCCUCAGGGAUAAUGGGACUCUCCCAGGCUUGUUUUAUAUACCUUUCAUUUUCCACUUUGAAGAUGGGGCCUACAGGCCAGCUCCUCUUGUGUAUGAAAUUCUAGAGCUAUUUCUUGACAAUCCCUGGUCAAAGUCACUGCUGAGAGGAGUGCUUAGAGCACAUAACAAGGGAGUCUAGCCGGCAGUUCUAGAGCACCAUGCUUUUAUGGGGAAAGGAGUAUGUGAGUUUCGGUCCUAGUCCUAGUGUUGUUGCAUACUCAGCCAAGCCCUAGCCCUGGCCUCUGGUGGCUAUGGAGUUCACUCCCCAGGGUUAUCCUGAAUAGCACUUUGAUCAUUGUUGUGUUACAUGAGUUAAGCCAUCGUGAUGAUCUUCUCCACUUCUUAUCCUUUCUGUUCUCAAACACUACUUUCCUUGCCAUUCAUGUCCUUUACUACUUCAUUCAAUACUUUUAAAAUCUAUGAUUUCUUUAGUAUGAAUAUUCACUCUUCCCACUGUCACAUAAUGAAGCCUCUCCAUGAUUUAGUAAGUGGCAGACCAGAAUUCCCAUGGCCAAAAAGUAAUUGUCUCCAUUCAGGUUGGUGAUGUUUCUUUUGAAACUUAACUGGAUUCCUCUUUGGACGAUAGACAUAGGAAGCAUCACUGGGUCCAUUUUCACAGUCUUUCCAGCUUAGUAUAGGAUCUGUCUACUAGAGUUUGUACUUCACUAGCUUAGUCUUUGAGAACCUAGUAGAUAUCAUUUAUAAGGGGAGUUAUUUGGUCUUAGAGGGCCAAGCACAACUCAAGACACUGUAUCUACAGUAAUGACCUAUGCAUUCUCCUUUUUAGUACUGUAAGGCCUCCCUGUUAGGAGGGGACUGUCUUCCCUUGUUCACCUACUCUGAAUUUACUCCAGCCCAAUGCUGGAGAAGGGUGAAAACCACCCUUAUCCAAGUGAUUAAGGUGACUCUUGUAUUCCUUCCCCAGGGAGUUCCCCAGAUUUCAUAUAUAGUUACUUUCUCUCGUGUUUUCCUAUUGAAAUGGGUAAUACAGAGAAAGAAUGGAGAAUGAAUGGGAAUGAUACCUCAGCAUAAUCUAAUUCCUUUUUUUCCUUCAUCUCCUCUCCUGAUGUUGCCAAGUCCCAUUGUCUUCAUUUCAGAUGCUCUCCUUUCUUCACUAUUCCCAUUUCCCAUCCAUUCUAGGUUUUCCUUCUUUUCUGCCAGGAUUGCUAUAAGAAGCCUCCUGGUUAGUAUCCCUACUUCUAGUCUUUCACCCUCCGUCUAUUCCAUAUGCUACUAUUAGACAAAUUUCCUAAAUUAUUCCACUGCUGAGGAAACUACAGACUCCUAAGCCCUGACUUUUUUUUUUUUAUUGCCUAGCCUCACUAGAUGUACUCUAGCUUUCCUCCCUAUAUCUCCCAAUAGGCACCUCCAAUUCCUCUCAAGCCAAUCUUGUCACUCACUUUCCACAAUGCGCAUUUCUUCUGCGGUGCCUUUGCUCAUAUUAUCAUCCCACCUUUAAUGCCUUCCCUCCAACCCUGUACCUCUACAAAGCCUUACCUGUCCUUUGGCUCAGCUCAGUUCCCAUCUCAGUGAAACCUUCUUUGAAUUCCCUUUGCACUUAAUAGUACCACAGUUUAGGACUUAACUGUGUUCUGAUUUUCUGAUAUAUGUUAGUUACAGCUGCCCAAAGAAACUAUAAGCUUCUUGAGGGCAGUGAUCAUGUGUCAUAUUUAUGUAGCCCCAGUAGUGUGGGCACAUAGUAAAUACAAAGACCAUGUAUUAUACUUUUAUCUCCCACAGCGCCCUGCACUAUGCCAGGGCCUAUAGGUGCUCAGUAAAUACUUAUUGACUGGAGUUGGGGUGGAGGCCCUCCAGGGAACGUUUUCAUUUUCCCAACCUGUCUGCUUAAUCCCUUCAUAGGGUUUAGUAUGAUGUGGAAGUAUCUGGAAAUGAGCCUCUCCCCACUUCCCACUGCCAGGGUUUUGUAUUGCUUUCAGGUGCCAAAUAAAUACUCAUGUUUGUUACCAAGUGUCCCCAAUACCUCUGUCCCUGUGACUAACCAGAUGCCUGAAAUCUUUCAUUUACCUUGCAAACCUACCUCACCACCUGCUAAUUUAUUCACAUGUUGCCUCUAGAACCCAAAAAACCAAACCCUAGCCUACUCUUAGGAUAACGAACCAACUACACUUUACUUUGGAAUAACCACUCUGGCAUUGUCCAUGGACAACUACAUUAAGCAUACAGAAUCUUGUCUGAAUUAAAUCCAAGAAAAUUUGUCAGGUGGGUUCAAUAAAUUGGUUAUUCUUGCUAGAGGAAUGGUAGAGUAAAGGAAGGUCUACAGUAGGAUUACAUUUAUCUAUCUGAAUUGAGCGUAAGCCUUUCAGCAGCUUAAGGAGUCUUGAUAUAUACUUAAAGGAAUAACUAGUAGCAGGAAAUAGUGAGGGAAUUGUAUAGAAGUAGGACAAAUAUGGGGAUCAAAGGAGCAGGAUUAGAGUGGGUUAAGGGGAAUGAACUUUGGCGACCUUGGUGAAAUAAAGGGUGGGGUGGAAUAAUAGGAAUAAUAAAUUGGUUGUUAAGAUGAAGAUGGAUUAUAAAGAAUUUGUGGAACAAUAAUGGAUAUUUUAUAUACACACACACACACACCUGUCUAUAUCUAUACGCACACAUGUGUGUAUAGAUAUAUUUUUUUUUUCUUUUUUGCAGGGCAAUGGGGGUUAAGUGACUUGCCCAGGGUCACACAGCUAGUAAGUGUCGAGUGUCUGAGGCCGGAUUUGAACUCAGGUACUCCUGAAUCCAGGGCCAGUGCUUUAUCCACUGAGCCACCUAGCCGCCCCUAUAUAUUUAAAGAUAAGGAGCUAGGGUGCCUGUGUCAAAGAGCCCUUCCUCUUACCCUCCCCUCCCAAAACAGAAGUUGUCAGUGACAGAGUGGAAUCACUAAUAGGAAAAAUAGGUUGAAGGAGAUUGACCUAAAGGGUAGUUAUUAAUGGAUUAGUGUGAGCUUGUGGAAUGAAAUCACUAGUGGAAUGCCCUAGAUAUUUGUGUUCGUACUCUUUUUUUUUUUUUUUUUGGCCAGGUAGUGAGGGUUAAGUCAUUUGCCCAGGGUCACACAGCUAGUAAGUGUCAAGUGUCUGAGGCUGGAUUUGAACUUAGGUCCUCCUGAAUCCAGGGCCGGUGCUUUAUCCACUGAGCCACCUAGCUGCCCCCAUUUGUACUACUUAAUAUAUUCAUCAGUGACUUGGUUGUAGGCAUAGAAGGCAUACUUAUGUUUACCACAUUUGCAAGUGACAAAGGAGGAACUAUUGAAAUACAAAAUCAGCAUCUAAAAAGAUCCUGACAGGCCCAAAACUGGGCCAAAUCUCAUACCAUGCGAUUUAAUAUGCAUAUUAGAAAGUAUAAUACUUGGAUUAAAAAAGUCAGCCUCGUAAAGUACAAGGUGGGGAAGACUUGACUAGAUUGUAGUUUGGCCAAUCUGAGUGGAGGAUGUUAAUGUAUUUAACAUACAUGUAAUGGAAGCCCCCAAAACUAAUAAUGCAUCAUGGAUUGCGUUGGAUUGAGGAGGUAAAUGACCGUCAUUGACAAACUGGUGCAUCAUGAUGCUCAUGAGGAGCCUCAAGUUCACAUCAUAAGCAUAGGUGGAAGGAACUUGGACAAAAAUGGACUAGGCAAGAUGGGGGGAGGGGACAUGAAGCUUUGGGUUUGAUGUAAGGACAAACUUCCUACAAUGAAAGCUAUUCAAAAGUAGAGUAACUUGCUCUAGGAGGCAGUGGGAUUCCCUUUACUGGAGGUGGUUUGGCAAAAGUUAGGUAGCUGUUUGUUGGCAGUGUUGUGGAAAGAAGUCCUUUUUUUUACAGUUUCCAUGGUGAGGGGGGGCUUCUGUGAGGAAGAGGAAUGUCCUUAAGGGGAUAUACAGACUUGAAGGGGUGGAGUUGAAAAAACUCCAGGAUAGUUUGAGGCACCAGUAGCUCAGGAGGAAAGUAGGGGGGAAGAAACAAGGUUGUCCAAUGAGACUAAAGUAGGGAAAGGGGUUUCUAGAGUAAGGCUGUUUUUCAGUAGUGUGACACUUGAGAGGUGUAGGAAGUUCUGUCUCUGAACUAAGAUUCUUUGUCUUUCUCCCACCCCCUUCAACAAGGAUAUUAGAGGUUGGAUUUCACAAGUCUGUCCCCCUCUCCCUCCUCACCUUCACCUAAAAGGAUUCUCUUCUAAAAUUAUCUCUCCCCCUAAAGUGGGGGCUAGCCUUCUCUUCCCCCCAUUCCCUUCUUUAGAGUUUAGUGGGUAAGAAGUAGGGGAGGCAGUGGCAAAAGUAAAGAGAGAGCAUGCCAGAUAAGAAUAAGAAGGAGGUACUUGCUUCAUCCCCAAAAGGCCACAGAGUGAGGAGGUGCCAUUGAUAGGAAGGGUGUCCCUAAAUCCUUUGCCUCUGGGAGCAAGUUCCCAAUCAGCUCUUUUUUUCUAUCUCCCCAGUAUCCAGACUCUGGUUCAGAAAAUGCCAUAUGUCCCUACUCAUGACUCAGGCUUUCCUCCAGCCCUCAAUACAAAAACAAGCCAUUUCUUGGUCUCUUUUUCACAUUUCUCAUCAUAGCCCUUCCCCGUGACCUCUAUUGGUUAUGAGAAAUGCCCUAAUUCAAUAGAUAAACUUUCUGAAGCCUCCCUGCAACAUUGACACAAACCCCUUAAUCUCAAAUUCCUUUUGGUGAGGCAAUUGGGGUUAAGUGACUUGCCCAGGGUCACACAGCUAGUAAGUGUUAAGUGUCUGAGGUCGAAUUUGAACUCAGGUCUUCCUGAAUCCAGGGCCAGUGCUCUAUCCACUGCGCCACCUAGCUGCCCCAAUAUCAAAUUCCUAACCCCCUUAGCAUCCUGUCUUCCCAGACCUUGGCCAAACUCAUAGAGAGCUUGUGGCUUUUUGUUCAUCACUGACUUGGAAAGUCAGGAAGUCACUUCACUUCCCCAAAAUUUUUCUCUCCUGGCCUCUACUCUCCAAUUUGAAAAGUUCGUGCUGGGUUAACAACUGUAUGAACUGUCCAGGUACUUGACUCCUUCCUUCCACCUAUUGACUCCAGCUCAUGUAGAGGACACUUGUCUUUGAGGCUAUCAAGCUCUUCAGAAGUAACACUUUACUGUCAAGGGCCCUACACAGGUGAAGUGUGUGUGUGUGUGUGUGUGUGUGUGUGUGUGUGUGUGUGUGUGUGUGUAUACACACACAGGGACACAUACACACUAGCAAGACAGAACUAUAUAGGAUGAGCAUCUGUUCUAUUUCUGAAACUUUGAAUGAUAGUCUAAGCUCUCCCUAACUCACCACCGUGUCCUUGCCCACUUCUCCUCUUUUUCUCACAUAUACUUACAGAGGGGACUUUGGGUUGCUAUAAAAUAUUUGUGAAACUGGUACAUAUUUAGUGGCCCAUUCGUUUCUCCUCCUUCCCCAAGCCCUGUACAGUUCCACUGGGCCUUGGCCACAAUUAAAUUGAAGGCUAGACCUUUGGGUUUCUCCGUCAUGCCAUCCCAGAACCUUGAGACAAACCCAUACAAAAUCCCCAGAACCCUGUGUUACUUUUGUAACACAUCAUUUCCCAUGUUCAUACUAACACCACACCUUGCCCUCCUAUCAUCUUGAGGUCUGAGCUACCUGUUCAUUUAUAACUUGUAAUUGAGAGGCAGGGUGUGGUGUAUGGGGGCAUGGUGGGAGGUGUGUCACAGGGGUGACAGUUGAGACCUCAGAGAAAAUGUCCCAGGGAGUUGGAGGUAGAAGGAACAUUAAGCUUGUUAGGUUUGGCCUUUAUCCUGACACAAUUCUUGAAUUGUGAUGGCUGUGGCAUAAUUUGCUUCUGCAUCAUCCCUUAGGUUUCUGUCAGGCUCGUCACGAGUAGGCCUGUAUACGUGUCCUACUAAAACACCAGCCCCCAGAGCUCUCAGAACACCCCCUUGAUCACAGGUCCCCAACCUUUCUCAGUCCCUCUUCUGGGUUCUAGUGAGCAUUCCUGUAUUCCUUAUUCAAUAUGAAAUAUUAAAAAUGUUAGAUCUUACAGUGCAUGUGCACAUGAGGAAUAAAGAUUGACUUUUCAUAAGUCGU